AUGGGAUCACCAACUCAUUUCGGGUUAUUUUUAAUUUCUGAUGCUGAAAGGGAAGUACAUAUGGAGGAAUUGAAAUCGCAAGAGGCAUCAAAAUCUAAACCACCAUCAAAACCAAAAUCAAAUUUUACAACCUUUUCCCAUGGCACACCUGAUCUAUCAAAAAUUCAUAAAGUUGGUAUGUUGGCAACAGUCUGUCGAACACAAGGUUAUUUCGUAUUAGGUGGUGGCCCAAUAAUUGAAAUUACUGGUGUUUCAAAUGAUCAUGAUAAUAAUAAUUCAAAUUUAGUUGAAAUUACUGAAUCAAAAAAUGAUACAUCAGAUUCAACAACAACAACAACAACAACACCAUCAACAUCAAUAACACCAAUAACUACACCAGUUGUACCACAAAUACCAACAAGUAAAUAUUUAAAAGUUUCAAUUGAACCACAUGAAUAUAGUGAACUAGGUGAUUCUUUGACCGUUAGAGCAUUAAGACUUCAAUUGGUAAAAUGUAUUUAUAGUGCUAUCAAUAGAUAUCAAGAUUCCAGUUUUGCUCAACAUUUAAAACAAAUUUGUAUGUUACCAAUAUUUAAAAUGGAUGAUUCAAGUUUACUAAAUUCAAUUGGUCCAUUGUGUAUCUCUUCACCAAGUGAAUAUCAAAAACUAUUAGAAUGUAAAAGUUUAGAAGAGAAAUUAAAUAUGGUUUUAUCAAUGCUUGUUAAAAAAUGUGAAGUUUUUGAUUUCAAUUUUUCAAUUGAAAAACAAUUAGAAGAAAAAACAAUGGCACAACAAAAAAAAUAUUUUUUAACCGAACAAAUGAAAUUAAUUAGAAAGGAGUUGGGAAUUGAUUUGGAUGAAAAAGAGACAAUAAAGAAUAAAUUUAAUAGUAGAUGGAAAGAGAUUGCCGUAAUGGAUAAACAAAUCUUACAAGUUUUUAAAGAGGAGAUGGAUAAGUUAUCAAGUUGUGAAUCAAAUUCAUCAGAAUAUAAUACCUCUAGAAAUUAUUUGGAUUGGAUGACAUUGUUACCAUGGAAUGUAUACACAAAUGAUAAUUUCGACAUUUCAAAGGUUAAAGAGAUAUUAGAUAGAGAUCAUUAUGGUUUAAAAGAUAUUAAAGAAAUGAUUCAAACUUUUAUUGCAGUUGGUAAAUUGAGAGGUUCCAUUGGGGGUAAAGUGAUUCUAUUGGUGGGACCACCGGGUACCGGUAAGACAUCAGUUGGUAAAUCGAUAGCAAAUGCAUUGGGUCGUCAAUUCCAUCGUAUUUCAGUGGGUGGUUUAUCCGAUGUUUCAGAGAUUAAAGGACAUCGUCGUACUUAUGUAGCAUCGAUGCCAGGUAAAAUCAUUCAAGCUUUGAAAACCGUUAAAACUUCAAAUCCCGUUAUUCUAAUCGACGAGAUUGACAAGAUCUCUCGUUCUUCACAAGGUGACCCAAAUUCAGCACUUUUGGAAGUAUUGGACCCACAACAGAAUAAGAAUUUCGUGGAUUACUAUUUGGAUGUACCUUAUGAUCUUUCAAGGGUACUUUUCAUUUGUACUGCCAAUGAUGCCGAUUCAAUACCAGCUCCACUAUUGGAUAGAAUGGAAGUUAUGACAUUGAAUGGCUAUAUUCAAUCUGAACAAAUGGAGAUUGCAAAACGUUACCUCCUUCCAUUGGUACGUAAGGAAACCGGUAUCUCCGAGGAGCAAUUGCAAUUCACACCAGAGGCAAUUAAGAAGCUUUGCGAACUCUAUUGUAGGGAGGCGGGUGUUAGAAAUUUAAAGAAAUUCAUUGAUAAAAUAUUCAGAAAGAUGGCAUAUAAACUCUCGAUGGGUAUGGAACAAAGUGUAAUUAUAACACCAGACAAUUUGGAACAAUAUGUGGGUCCUAUCAAAUAUCCAUCAAGUCGUUUAUUCCAAAAACAAAAACCAGGCAUUGUUAUGGGUUUAGGUGGUAGUUUAAUUCAUAUUGAAAGCGCUUUGGAUAGAUUUACCAAUGGUCCAACCGUAACAACAACCGGUUCACUCGGUUUGGUAAUGAGAGAAUCCAUUGAUAUAUCCUAUAGUUAUGUUAAGGAUUUCCUUUUGAAAGUGGAUGCCUCAAAUGAUUAUUUCCUCAAGAAUUCAAUUCAUAUUCAUGCUCCAGAUGGUUCAACUCAAAAAGAUAUCUCAAGUGCUGGUAUUACAAUCGUUUCAUCAUUAUUAUCAUUGGCAACUGGUAAAUUGGUUAAACCUGAUCUUGCUAUGGUAGGUGAAGUUAGUCUAACUGGAAAGGUCAUUGGUGUAUCUGGUAUUGUUGAAAAAAUAGUUUUGGCUAAAAGGGAAUCCAUUAAAACCAUUAUCAUUCCAAAAGAGAAUAAAAAACAAUUGGAAGAAAUUCCAGAUUUCAUUAAAGAAGGUAUUGAAAUUUAUUUGGUAGAUUAUUAUUCUGAUGUUUAUUCAAUUGCUUUUACAAAUGAUUCAACUAUAAAACCAUUAAUUUUUAAUGAUAAUAAAGAAAAUCAAAAUGAAAAUGAAAAUCAAAGUGAAGUUAAAAGUACUAUCAUACAAUAA